AUGAAAAAGAAUAUUGAAAAUUUGGUAGAUGAAUUGAAAAAGGUUGCAGAAGAAGAAGAUGAAGAUGUGAAGAAAGAAGAAGUGGCUAAUGACGAAAGUCAGAAAACAGCUAAUGAAAGUCUGAAGAAGUUCGCAAAAGAAGUGACUGUUGAAAAACAGCAAAAUGAUGAGAAUUUGAAGAACGAAGAAGAAGAAACAGUUGAAGAAAAACAGGAGGAAGCUAAUGAGAAGUUGGAAGAGUCGGUUGGUGAAGCUGAUGCUGGUGAAGCUAUUGCUAAGGAACAACAGAAGAAGAAAGAAGAUCAGAAACAGACGGAAGAAAAAGCCGAGGUGCCAACUAUUGAGUAUGAAAUAAAACAACAAGUUGUAAAUUCAUAUAUUGAAGAGGUUGUUGAGCUUAAACGUGAAAUGGCUGAUUUAGAACAAGAUAAUAACAAGUUGCAUAGUUAUCACGCUUCAUCAUUUGUUCUUGAACGUAUUUUCAACAUAAAACCGGAUUAUAACGAUUUUGAGAAAAACAAGAAAGGAAUUGGCUCAGAAUAUCAUCAGGUUCCACCACUGUUUGAGGAAAAAUUCACAUUCUAUGAUGAUGAGAAGGUGGAAAAAGCUAAUUCCCAGAAAAUAUUGACGUAA